CGGGCAGCGCGGCUGCUGCGGGCACUGCGGCUGUGGCUGUGCUGCUGCCCGGAUCCCUCAGUGCUUGCAGCUGACACGUGCCUCUGGCAGCCAUGAAUUGGCUCGGCCUCCUCGUCCUGCUGACCGCUGCCGGGCUGGCGCACGGCACAUGGGACAACUGUGGAGGGACCUGCGGACUCAGAGCUACCUACCAGCCCAUGAAUUAUUACUACGGCAACGUGGCUUAUGACUAUGGCAUGACCCGCAUCGUGGGUGGCACAGGUGCCAUGGACGCAUCCUGGCCCUGGAUCGUCAGCAUCCAGCAUCCCUGGGCACCAGACCUGGGCCAUUGGUGUGGAGGGUCCCUUAUCAGACCUCAGUGGGUCCUCACAGCAGCCCACUGCUUCAACAAGUAUAAUAAUGUCAGUACCCUGUACGUGGUGCUUGGGACCAGCCAGUUCACCCAGCCGGGCCCGGGGGUAGUAGUGCGCAAUGUCAAGCAGCUGCUGAUACACCGGUACUACAAACGGGCCGACUUGAGCUACGACAUUGCCCUGCUGGAAUUGGACCAUCCUGUCCAGUGCAGCCCCUACAUCCAGCUGGCCUGUGUGCCUGACGCCACGCUGAGAGUGUCAGAGCUGCAGAACUGCUGGAUUGCUGGCUGGGGUGCCGUCACUGCAAGAUCUCAAGAUUCAAGUGAUCGCCUCCAGGAGGCCAAAGUCCAGCUCAUCGAUACCAAACUCUGCAACAGCAGCGGCUGGUACGCAGGCGACGUCCACCCCUACAACCUCUGUGCUGGUUACCCACAGGGCACCAUCGACGCCUGCCAGGGUGACAGUGGUGGUCCUCUCAUGUGCCAAGACAACAACGCUGACUACUGGUGGGUCAUUGGAGUGACCAGCUGGGGAGAAGGCUGCGCCAGACCACAGCAGCCCGGAGUCUACAUCUCCACUCAGCAUUUCUAUAACUGGAUCCUGGUCCAGAUGGGCUUAAAGGCAGCUAAAAGUGCUUCUUGAGCAGCAGGACUGGCAGCAUCCAGAGCGUUGCUGCAGUGCACUACAACAGUUUUCCCGGGGGCAAUGCCUGCUGAUUCAAAAGCAGCUUCAGGGUCAAAAGCCUGCUCUGUCCUGCCCACACUCCUCUCCUGUGUGCAGGCAAA